AUGAACGUCUACUUCAACGAGGUGCGGACCCCACGCGCGCAUACUGACAGCAGACAGGCUUCCGGCAACAAGUUCGUGCCCCGUGCCGUCCUCGUCGAUCUCGAGCCCGGUACGAUGGAUGCCGUCCGCGCUGGCCCCUUCGGACAGCUCUUCCGUCCCGACAACUUCGUCUUCGGCCAGUCUGGUGCCGGUAACAACUGGGCAAAGGGUCAUUAUACUGAGGGUGCCGAGCUGGUCGACCAGGUCCUCGACGUCGUCCGCCGUGAGGCCGAGGGCUGCGACUGCCUCCAGGGUUUCCAGAUCACCCACUCUCUCGGUGGCGGUACUGGUGCCGGUAUGGGUACGCUUUUGAUCUCCAAGAUCCGCGAGGAGUUCCCCGACCGCAUGAUGGCCACCUUCUCCGUUGUGCCUUCCCCCAAGGUCUCCGACACCGUUGUCGAGCCCUACAACGCCACCCUCUCCAUCCACCAGCUGGUCGAGAACUCUGACGAGACCUUCUGUAUCGACAACGAGGCUCUCUACGACAUUUGCAUGAGGACCCUCAAGCUGAACAACCCCUCAUACGGUGACCUGAACCACCUGGUUUACGCCGUCAUGUCGGCCGUGGCGCGCACUCCUUUCCGUGCUGUCACCGUCCAUGAGCUCACCCAGCAGAUGUUCGACCCCAAGAACAUGAUGGCUGCCUCUGACUUCCGCAACGGUCGCUACCUGACCUGCUCCGCUUACUUCCGCGGAAAGGUCUCCAUGAAGGAGGUCGAAGACCAGAUGCGCAACGUCCAGAACAAGAACUCGUCCUACUUCGUUGAGUGGAUCCCCAACAACGUCCAGACCGCUCUCUGCUCCGUGCCCCCGCGUGGUCUCAAGAUGUCCGCCACCUUCGUCGGUAACUCCACCUCCAUCCAGGAGCUCUUCAAGCGUAUCGGUGACCAGUUCACUGCCAUGUUCAGGCGCAAGGCUUUCUUGCAUUGGUACACUGGUGAGGGUAUGGACGAGAUGGAGUUCACUGAGGCUGAGUCCAACAUGAACGACUUGGUGUCCGAAUACCAGCAGUACCAGGAGGCCUCCAUCUCCGAGGGCGAGGAGGAGUACGACGAGGAGGCUCCUCUCGAGGCUGAGGAGUAAACUGGCUGUUGAUCCCAUAAUACCACGCUGUGCUUGGUUGUUGGCAAUUGGCUAUGAAUAUGACUGUGUUGAUGGCAAGCGAGUAUGGCAGAGGCAAUUGUUGCUGCUAUAAAGCGCUAUCAUACAAGCAGUAGGCGUACCUUCGAGCGUAAAGCAACUCUUGUUAAUGCAAAGAUUUGAUAAUAUUCCCCAACCAA